AUGUUGAUGGAAAAGUACUGUCCUCGAGAAGAAGUACAGAAAAUGGAAGGUGAAUUCUGGAAUCAUAGUAUGGUCGGAUUAGACAACGAGAAAUAUACAACUCGUUUUCAUGAAUUGGCAAGGCUAGUUCCUCGUAUGGUAGAUACGGAGGAGAAAUUGAUUGAAAGAUACUGUUAUGGCUUGUCACCUGAUGUCCGAAGGUUGGUAGCGGCUUUUAAUCCUUUGACUCUUCAAGCGGCAGUUAGUGCCACCAACCGGAUGGUGAUAGACUUGAAAAGAACCACUGGUUCUUCUGUUGGAACUGAUGUGAACAAGAAAAGGAAUGAUUAUGCCUCUGGUAGUGGUUUUUGCAAUGGUAGAAAUGGCAAGAGGUUUAGGACUGCUAGAAACUUUGCUGUGGUUGCUCAGGAUGUCAAGAGGUACACCGGCUUAGACCCAAAGUGUAAUAGGUGUGGCCUCCAUCACAAGGGAAACUGUCCUACUUGUCACCAUUGUAAAAAUACGGAACAUCUGGCAAAGUUCUGUAAGGACAAGACACCCGGUCAAUGCUACGAAUGUGGGAGCGAAACCCAUAUGCGACCCGCGUGUCCACGACUCAAUCAAGCCCUGAACAACAAUGCUAUAGUUCCAAUCAGGAACAAUGCAGGGAACAAUCAAGCUGGGAAUCAGGGAAGGAAUCAAGGAGGAGAAGGAAGAGGACGAGUGUUUGCUUUGGAUGCUGCUGAUGCACGACGUGAUCCCAACGUUGCGAUAGGUACAUUCAUACUCAAUAAUCAUUAUGUCUUUGUGUUAUUCGACUCUGGUGCUGAUAAAAGUUUUAUAUCCUUAGAAUUUAAGUCUCGAAUUAAUGUAGUAGCUAUCCCCAUGAAAGAAACGUAUAUUGUCGAAUAUGCAAACGGUCAAAAGUAUGUUGCUAGAGAUCAUUUGGUAGAUUGUAGUUUAACAUUGUCUAGUAAAACCUUUAAGAUAGAUCUGAUUCCCAUAGAACUAGGAAGUUUUGAUGUGAUAGUUGGUAUGGACUGA